AUGACAGAUCAACAAAAAUUAGUAAAAUAUAUGUUUAAAAGUUUGCAGCAUUGGAGAAACGCAUAUUAUUACAUCUGGGAAGGAAUGUUCACUGUUAUCGACGGGAUACCAACAUUUCAGUACACCUUGGCCCAAUGGAAAAAAAUCGCAACGCAUUACGGUGGAUUGGCUGGUCUAACCAUCGUUGGGCUACUGUUAGCUGCGAUCUUGCCCUGCGUAGGGUUGUUUUUCUGUUGCUGUAGGUGUGCCGGUCACUGUGGUGCUAGAAGUCAACCCUUCGACAAGAAACACGAUCAUUGUAGAAAAGUGAUGCUGAGUAUGGUGCUUAUCGCGGUUGCUACUAUUAUUCUGUUCGGCGUGGUCUGCGCCUUUGUAACGAACGAGUACAUGCAAGACGGGACCAAAGAGCUGCCUAACAACGUGAAAGUCAGCCUGAAAGACGUGAAGCUGUAUCUGAACAACACAAAGGAGGAGAUUUAUAACAUCCUCAAGACUAAUUUCGACGAGCUGGAAAUUAACCUGAACAACAUCCUGCAGGCCAGCGGCAGAAUCAUCACCGAACAGCUCGCUGAAUACUCCCACGCGGUCUCGUUGACUAAUUUAAGCGAUAUUGUCGCCGGCUUGGAGUCCAUUAAAGAGGACCUGAAGAUCAUGCACACGAUCACCCGCGAUCUAAGGACAAACGCUAGUCAACUGGACAUUGUUGUACGAGGUGUUAAAAACAAUCUCCUUCACACGCUCGCGGCUUGCAAGACCCAAAAUUGCAAGCAAGUGCUGCACGAUUACAAAGUGAAUCAAAUGUCAGUUCAAGUAGACUUCGACAAGUACAUGGACCGAUACUUCCCAAAGCUUCAGUCUCUGCCGAACGUCACGUCUGCGUUGCACAACAUCACGAUGCUGAUGAAAGGCAACAUCGUGUCGGAGGUGAGCCAGGGUAAAGAGUCGUUCCUGAAAAUUCAGAAGGACAUUCAACACGCUGUGAACCAGACGAUACCAGUGGUGAGCGCGAGCAUCAGGAGAAUCGGGGUGUUCUGCAGUAGUCUGGCAACAAACAUGACAAUGCUCAUCGACAGGAUAAACGUUGAGAUAGACAGGUCCGUGAAGAAUGUAGACUUUGCGCGGACGCACAUCGACCAGUAUUCACCGUACAGAUACUAUGUCGGUCUUGGGAUAUCAGGAAUUUUAUUAACAGUUUUAAUGUGUCUGACUUUCGGCCUCUUCUGUGGUAUUUGUGGAAAGCGACCCGAUGGAUAUGGAGACGACUGCUGUAACAAAGGAUCUGGAGCACGAUUUCUUAUGAUGGCUGUUUGGAUCAUUUUCCUCCUAACGAGCGUUCUCAUGGUGAUCACCGUAGUACACAUGGUCAUUGGUGUACUUGUUCAAAGAGCUGUGUGUGAACCUUUGAAGAAUCCAUACGAUAAUAGGAUGUUUGCUCUGGUUGAUGAAAUCGUUCAAAUUAAUAAGACGCUGUAUCCUCAGAAUCCUAAUGAUGUGAAUAUGAGCUAUAUAGUCAGAAACUGCCAUCUGAACGAAACACUGUACAAAGUGCUGAAGUUGGAAAACAUCUACAAUGUGAACUCGUUGCGCGAAUACGCUGGUCGUUACGACAUCAACAACACAAUCCAGCAACUACGACGUAAGAUCAGUCUUUCGCCUGACGUAGUCAUCUUGACGGAUAGCGCGAAAUCGAAAUUGAACGACCUUGCGCAGAGUGGUCUUAGUGACAUAAAGUUCUACCAGUACGUCGAGAUUCUCGCCGAUAACAUCACGAAUAUCAAUCUGGAACAUCUGUCGAAACAGUUGUUGGAAGUGUCGGCUGAAUUGCCUACAGGGCAGGAUGAGAUUCGCGUCAGCCUGGAGAAGAAUGCGCUGGAUCUAGUGUAUUAUCACGAUCAAUUAGUGAGACCUAUGGCUAUGCUUAGCGAACAAUUGGUCACAAAGGCUGUGACACUCGAGGAGAAGAUCAAGUUUAACCAUAGUUCUAUGGCGGAAGCUAUUCAUCAUCUGGUCGACGAAGUGACGAAGGCGCAGCAGUUCUUGAAUAAAGACGGGCCAGAAUACGUGCAACAACUGGCCACUAAAUUUGGAAACGCUUUUCUUCGUCAAGUCGACGAUUUCCUUGAGCGAGUUAUCAUUUAUGCACUAUCCAAUGUAGGAAGAUGCGGUCCUGUUUCCAAUGCAUACAAUGCCACACUAGUCGCAGGAUGCAACAAAAUCCUAGAUCCAUUUAAUGGUUUCUGGGUGAGCGUGGGCUGGUGUCUGGUCCUCUUCAUCCCAACUAUAGUGCUCUGCGUGAAAUUGAGCGCGCUCUACCAAAAAUCGGAUCCCUAUCCAGGACCUCUAGUCGAAGCUGAAUAUUUGUAUGACGCGUACGCAGACAGGGAUAACAUACCCCUUACUCAUGUCCACGACAAGAAGUACGUGUCGCACAGCAGAGACCCUUAUGCAAAGUACGAGAGCUACGACGGUCCCGCGGGCGGAUACAACGAACGGGAGAGAGUCCCCGAAGCGCAUCAGAGCACGUCCCACUAUCAUCACUAUUCCAGAUACUCCGACGUGGCGCCAAAUUCCAACCCCACGUGGCGAAGCCACGAACAUACCGCCCCCUCCAAAACAGAACCUCACAAUAAAGUCUUUAGCAUAUCAGUAGAAACGCAAAAUUGUGACUUCCCUAAUGGUGGUCCUCCUGGGUACCAACCAGCUGCCGCUGCUCCUCCUCCGCUUAGCACGGAAUACGAGCGACCACCUCCCUAUUAUUAUUAUCCUGGGCCAGGGUGAGUUGACCUUUAAUUUUUUAAUACUUCGGUGGUUUUCAGUCCCACGAGUUUUAUCCGACUCGCCAAUGAAAUUGUAUUACAUCAGCUUGCUCUGAAUACAUUUUACUCUGAAUACUAUUUUAAAAUAUUUGAGAAAAAAGAAAAGUUAGAGGGAAUAUCUUUAUUAUAUACGGUAAUUAGGGAUACGCUUGAGAUCAGGACGGGAAUUUCGAAAAUUUCUGAUCGAGUCUGGAUUUCUGAAUAUUUUUGGCUGUGUAUAAGUAGUGAAGAUGGUUUUGGAAUUUUGUACUUUCACUUUUCAGGUUCA